AUCGUGCAACAAGUGAAACAAAUUUAUUAUUACGAAAAAAAACUGUAGAAAAUAAUAUUAAAAAACAUUAUCAAUCAACAGAUAAUAUUUGUAUUAAUACAAAACAAAUUCCUAUUCCAACAAUUCAAAAAGAAUCAAUCAAUGAAUUAAAUCAAGAUCAUGAUGCACUUAAAAUAGCUAUUCUAGAUAUAUUUGGUUUUGAAAAUUUUUCAAGAAAUAGUUUUGAACAAUUAUGUAUUAAUAUUGCUAAUGAACAAAUUCAAUAUUAUUUUAAUCAACAUGUUUUUGCAUGUGAAAGACAAGAAUAUAUCAAUGAAAAUUUAACUGUUUUACCAUUACCAGCUAAAAUGGAUUUUACAUUUUAUGAUAAUAGACCAUUACUUGAUAUGUUUCUGAAUAAACCGGUUGGAAUAUUAGCAUUAAUCGAUGAAGAAAGUCGUUUUCCGAAAGCAACUGAUUUUACACUUGUCGAUAAAUUAAAUGCAAAUUUUUCCAAUUCUCCAUUAUAUAUUCGUUCGAAAUCGAGUUUUUCUUCGAGUUCAAUAUCUUCAUCAUCAUCUUCAACACAUCAAUCAAUUCCAUCAUUUUCAAUAAUUCAUUUUGCUGGUCAAGUUCAAUAUGAUGCACGUGGUUUUCUUGAAAAAAAUUGUGAUUAUUUAGCACCAGAAAUUAUACAAGUUUUACAUUCAUCACAUGUACAAUUAAUUAGUUCAUUAUUUCAAUUACCAUCAUCAAAAAGUAGUACAUUACAAGAAAAUAUUAAUCAUCGUUAUACUACAACAACAACGGAAUCAAAUUUAGAUUUAACUAAUACAUUAAUACCAUUAAAUGCUAGUCCUAAUCGUGUACAAGCAACAGUUAGUACUUAUUUUCGAUAUUCAUUAACAGAUCUUUUCUCAAAAAUGGUUCAUGGUUCACCAAAAUUUGUUCGUUGUUUUAAACCAAAUAAUGAUCGAAUUCCAGGUUGUUUUGAUUCUCAAACUGUUCUUGAACAAUUAAAAUAUAGUGGCAUUUUAGCAGCGGCAAAAAUUCGUCGUUUUGGUUAUUCUCAUCGUAUACCAUUCGCAAAUUUUAUUCAACGUUAUUCAAUACUUGUCUAUCCGGCAACAACAGAUUUACCGUUAACACGUGAAACAUGUGAACAUAUUUUACAUCAAUUAAAAAUGCAAAAUUGGACAACUGGAAAAAGUAAAGUAUUUUUAAAAUAUUAUCAUGCUGAACAAUUAACACAACUCUAUUCAAAUAUUAUCAAUGGUAUUCUAACAAUUCAAUCUUAUGUUCGUAUGUAUUUAACACGUUCAUAUUUAAGACAUCGUCAAUAUAAACAUCCGAAUGAUAUGAUCAUACAAGAACUUCAUCGUCAUCCAAAAUUUUCACGAUCAACUAAUGAUGAUGAACAAGCAAAAGAAAAAGCAAUUAUUUAUGUUCAAUCAUGUAUUCGUGGUUACCUUCAACGUCGUCAUUUUUAUCAAUCAUUAAAAAAACCUUUAACAUAUGAAGCAGCAGCUAUUAUCAUCCAAAAAUGUUAUCGAGGUUUUCAUUAUCGUAAAGUUUAUUAUGCUUAUAAACAACGUUUAAAUAUUCAAAUGCUUUGUUUUCUACAACAAAUUGAUUUAAUCAAUAAUGAUUUUUUCAUGAAAGUUGUUCGAACAAAUUAUUGUGUACCAUUAAAAUCAAUAAUAAAUUCUUCAAUUAAUAAUAAACAUAUUCAAUAUUUUUUUCCACCACCACCACCAUUACCAUUACCUUCAAUUGUAUCACAUUCGGAUGUAUCAACUCCAAUAAAUAUAUCAUCAAUACCUCCUCCACCAUUAUCAUCAUCAUUUGGUUUUUCUCCAUCUCGUCAUCAAUUAAUAUUAACACCUCGUUCAAAUCGUUCUCCAUCACCAACAUCAUCUGUAUCAAAAUUUGCUCAAGUUCGAGAUAUGUUCGCUCGUGCUGGCGUAACAACAACAACAACAACUCAUCAUUCUAUUCCGCAAAAAACUCCUCUUCAAUCUGUUCAUUCAAUUUCAAAUUUAGUCGAACAAAAUCGUAAUACAAAAUCUGCAACUGUUUUAAAUGCUGUUCAAGAAUAUCAAAAACAACAUAUUAAUCAUCAUCAACCAGCUAUAAAACGUUUUAAUCAAUUCAAUAAUAAUGCAAUUUCAAAUAUCAAUCGUUCAUCAAAUAUCUUAGGAUUACGUUCUCGUGCUAUUGGAUUAAAUAAUAAAUUUCCAAAUAAACAAAAUCUACCAGCCUAUGUCACAACAUCACCUAAACAACAACCAAAACCAAUUACACGGGAACCAUCGAUGUCUACACAACCAAAAUAUGCAUUUCAUGUUUUACUUCGUAAGACUGGUCAAGAUUUAAGUACUGGACAAACAUUAACUAAACGUCAAGUAAUAAAUGAAACAAAACAAAUUGAUUUUCGUAGUGUAUUAAAAUCACGGCAUACAUUAAAUGGUACAACUGAUAAUGAAAUAAUCGUUCGAUCGAAUAGUUUAUCACAACAUAUAAAUUUCGAUAAUCGUAUACGAAUGAAUGAUCUUUAA